AUGAACUUAUAAAUAGGCGAUGAAAUUGAUAAUGAAAUUGGUGAUAAAAUAGUGUAAAAAAUAUAUAAUGAAAUAGGCGACUAAAUUGGCGACUAUAUAAACAAUAAAAUUGGAGAUAAAAAGGCACUGUAAAAGGCGAUGAAAUAAGGGAUGAUAUAUGUGAUUAAAAAGGGAAUGAAAUAAAAAGGGAUGAAAAUAUGA